GUGUGCGUCAUCAUUCCGCGCCGUGUCACGUGGCCAUGUGGGCGGCAUGGCGGCGCUGCGGCGGCUCCUGGCGCGGCGGCCCGGGGCCGUGCAGGCGCUGACCGCCGGGGCACUGAUGGGAGCCGGCGAUGUGAUCGCACAGCAGCUGGUGGAGCGGCGCGGGCUGCACGGGCACCACAGCCAACGCACCCUGAAAAUGACAGCCAUUGGCUUCUGCUUUGUGGGCCCCGUUGUGGGCGGGUGGUACAGGAUCCUGGACCGGCUCAUCCCAGGGGCCACGAAAGCCGUGGCCGUAAAGAAGAUGAUGCUGGACCAGGGCGCCUUUGCACCGUGCUUCCUCGGCUGCUUCCUCGCCAUCACCGGGGUGAUGAACGGACUGUCGGUGGAGCAGAACUGGGCCAAGAUCCAGCAGGACUAUGUGGAUGCACUGCUCACCAACUACUGUAUUUGGCCGCCGGUGCAGAUCGCCAAUUUCUACUUCGUCCCUCUGGUCCACAGGCUGGCCGUCGUGCAGUGUGUUGCCAUUGUUUGGAACUGCUACCUGUCCUGGAAAGCAAACCGGCUUUGAGGGGGGGGAGGGGGGAAGCCGUGCUCCAGGUGCCCCCACCCACCACCUCUGGGGUCUCGGCCAAUGAGCGUGUGUGGGGCUGGAGCA